ACCGCCGCCGCCGCCAUGGCCGCCCGCAGGGCGCUGCACUUCGUCUUCAAAGUGGGAGACCGGGCCCGCACGGCGCGGUUCUACCGCGAGCUGCUGGGCAUGAGGGCGUUCCGGGCUGGAGCGAGGGGAUCCUCAGGGUCCCCUCCCGACCCCGAGCGCGCUGUGGCUCUGCAGGUGCUGCGGCACGAGGAGUUCGAGGAGGGCUGCAAGGCCACCUGCAACGGCCCUUAUGAUGGAAAAUGGAGCAAGACCAUGGUGGGCUAUGGACCAGAGGACAAUCACUUUGUGGUGGAGCUGACUUACAAUUAUGGCGUUGGAGAAUAUCGCCUGGGCAACGACUUCCUGGGCAUCACUCUGGUGUCCAGCCAGGCUGUGAGCAACGCCAAGAAGAUGGAGUGGCCCCUCAAAGAGGUCACCUCUGGUGUCUUUGAAACUGAAGCCCCAGGAGGAUACAAGUUCUACCUGGAAGACAAGGAACAGCUCAAGCAAGAUCCUGUGUGGAAGGUAACCCUGGGUGUCUCAAACCUGCAGAAGUCUGUGAGCUACUGGUCUGGCUUGCUUGGGAUGAAAAUAUAUGAGAAGGACGAGGAGAAGCAAAGGGCUUUGCUGGGCUAUGCUGACAACCAGUGCAAGCUGGAGCUGAGGGCUGUUGGAGGGGCAGUGGAUCACGGGACAGCGUUCGGCCGCAUCGCCUUCUCCUGCGCCAAGGACGAGCUGCCGAGCAUCGAAGCCCUGAUGAAAAAGGAGAAUCAGAAGAUUCUGACGCCUCUGGUCAGCUUGGACACGCCUGGCAAAGCCACGGUGCAAGUGGUUAUUCUGGCUGAUCCUGAUGGCCAUGAAGUCUGUUUUGUGGGAGAUGAAGCCUUCAGAGAGCUGUCCCAGGUGGAUCCUCAUGGUGACAAGCUGUUGGAUGAUGCCAUGGCUGCAGACAACAGUGACCAGUGGUUUGCUGAGCACAACAGGAAGAAGGUUUCAGCUUAGCUGGGAGAGGAGGAAUGGACUGGGCUGCUCCUUGGAGCUCUUCCAGAACAUGCCAAUCCUGCUUCAAGUGCUGCCUCCCCAGUCAGAAGGUCCUGGCAUGUCCCGUGGUGGUUUUUUUUUGGGUUGAUUUGAGCUGGUGUCUCUGGAUUUAAGCUGCUCUCUGCCUUUUUCACAUCUCCUCCUUCCAAAAAAACUGCAGCAAAGGAGCAGCUUGGCUGCAAAAGCAGGGAUCAGGAAAACCUCACAUUUCUGUGUUGUUGUACUUGAAAGAAAGGUGGAGAGACACGUUAUUUUCUGAUUAAUUGAUUUCCUGAUUAACUUGCUUUGGCUGUCCUUUAUUUGAGGGCUGGAGAGGAGAUUUUGAGGAAGCUGGGGCUGCUCCCCUCUCCAGUGGGGUGUGGGGUGCAUCCCUUUAUUUGGAACAAAGAAAUUAUCUUGCCAAACUGUGGAUUCUCCACUGCUUGUUUUCAUCCCAAGGUGUGUCCCCAACUUUUUUUCCCCCAUUUCCAAGGGGAAAUGUUCACUGGAGAAGCCCCUGGGUGUUUCUCACUGGGAUCCUGCUGUUGGUGGGGUGGUUUCCAGCCCUUCUCCAGGAGAUUUCCACAUCCCAGGAGGGAGCUGAGGCUGUGCUUUGGGGUUUGUGGCUGCUGAGGUGCCAGGGGCAGCUUGGAGUGAGUUUUGCAGUUAGGUUUUGGUGGGAAACUGCCUUUGGAAAUAACAGUUCAGGGUUUAUUCCUCAGGAAUGAAGCCACUCUGCUUUUGCUGGGAGUACAGGAGCCAUUCCUGGCAUUGUUUGUGCCAGGUACGCUGCCUGACUGCUCCUUUUUGUGAUGAAAACCUUAAAUAAAAUAACUUAAAUCAGGUUUUCAUCGUGGAACUGAAAUGAGUUUCACGGGGAAGAUCAGGCAGGGUUGGCACUUCGAGCAGGAACAGGAAAAAUUCAAACAGGAAAAAUUCCUCACCGCGAUUUUGUCCGAGCUUUUCAAUUCAGUUUUAAUGAUGGUUUGGAAUCCUGUUUGUCAAAUUAAACACAUUGAUACUGGAA